AUGGAAGAUAAUUUUCUGAAGUGUGUGCCUCUUAUGAAGUAUAUACAAAAAAAACAAGAUCAUAAUUCUGGUACCUUGUCGGAAUUCCAACAAGAAAAAUUUUUGAACGUAAUGAAAGUUCUACAUGGACAAAAAACGCCUGAAAAAGAGCAGGAUCGCAAGAAAAUUGGAAAAAGAAGAUCAGAAGAGUCGAAAUUAAAGAGUCCAUCAUCUGGUAAUUUAAGAAAAAUACCAAUCAUGUGGUAUCACAGAGAUGCAGUAACUCAAAACUUCUAUAAGAUGCCACCGAAUACAGUAAAAGAAAUUCAUCUUGAUAGUAAAAAAGACUACUCCGUUAAUGAAGAAUUAAUCGGUAAAGAAAAUACAUGGACCAUUAAUGAUUUGCCAUCAUGUAAAUCUCUAUUAAAACCUGGUGCUGCUAGUGAUGAAAAUGAAUUAAAAGAAAACGACAGGAAUCUUUUUAGUGAACCGAGUGCCCCUGCGCCCAAGAAAAGAAAAACUUGCAAUGAGCUUGAUAUCAAUAAUCUGCAGGUCAAAAUUUUAGACAAAGUACCCAUACAAGAUUUAAAAUUUACAGAUGAUAUUUUGGGUAAAGGAGCUUUUGGCCUAGUCCGAAGAGGUGUCUGGUCAGAAAGUGAUGUAGCUAUUAAAACCAUUGAUUUAAUGCAGGAAAACCACAGAGACGUCAUGAAAGAAGUUGCCAUUCUACGACAAGAACUAAUUUUUAGGGAUAGCGUCAAAUCAAAAUUUCUUUUGAGUGCAAGUGAUGAAAUCAGAAUAACUCGUCAAAUGUUGCUUGGUAUAGAACUUCUACAUGCAUUUCCUGAAUCAAUUAUUCAUCGUGACAUCAAACCGGCUAACAUUAUAAUUACUAGCAAUAAAAGUGUGAAGAUUUGUGAUCUUGGUGUUUCUAAAAUGAAUGAGCUUAACUCCCAGUUAAUGACCACACAAGGAUGUGUAAAUAUUGUUGGAACCCCAAUGUACAUGGCACCAGAAAUGUUUCUACAUAGACAACCGGCUACAAUUUAUUCAGAUAUUUGGUCAUUCGCAUGCACCAUAGUUGAACUAUUCAAUGAAGAUCAUGUUUGGCAAUUAAAUGGAGGAGGAAGAUAUCAACUUGAACAGCUUUUGAACGAUAUGCAAGAGCCUGAUUUAGAAAAUAUACCAAAAUUUUUAUUGGAAGAAAUCAAAGACUGUUUUAAUUAUGUUUACCACUUGAGACCAAAGGCUAAAAAAAUAUUGCAAGUAUUUAAACUGUGUGGAGAUAAGUUGGACAGUGACUAA